UUUGCAGAUGACGCUCAGCGCAAAAGACGCCGAAGAACUGCUUUUUCAAAUGAGCAUCUUAAUCGUUUAGAGGAGUCUUUUGAAGAAGAAAAAUUCCCAGGAAUCCAAAUACGAGAAAAACUUGCGCGGGAGCUCAACAUCGGCGAGGACAGAAUCCAGGUAAGGCCGUUGUGCAACGUUAAAAAUCGUCACAGAUAUGCUAUGAGCUAUGAUGGUAGUAUUUAUUUAGUUUGUAGUUCUAACUCUUCAGUCUCUGGGUGAAAUCUUAUGGUGCGACCAUUUAAAUGAAACCUCUUAAGCGGUACUUCACAAGGUACUAUUUAUUUAAUAUGUAGUUCUAACUUUUGAGUCUGUGGAUGAAAUCCUAUCGUGUGACCAUUCAUAUAGAAACUGUUCAACUAUGCUAUUGCACGGCAGAAACUGGUUUUCAAUAUUCUACGACCUAGUAUUAUUUUGGAAUUUAGCAUUAUUUGCUUGGUGACCUAUCAGCGCAUUUCAUUGUUUGAAGAGGUUAGUUGCAUCUUGUAUGAUCCUUUACUAAAGUUUUAUUUUCACUCCCAGGUUUGGUUCCAAAACCGCCGUUCAAGAUGGCGCAAGAGCUUAAAAAAUAAGCCAGCCAAAGACCUUGGAAAUGACGUCAGCAUCUCAACCAUGUUCCAGCCGUCACUUGCCAGUUUCCAGCUGCCCAUACACCAGACGCCAUUCAGUUCACGUGAGCCAUUUUUCCCGCCAUUUACCACCAGCCCGUCGUUCAUACCGUUCUAUGACAAUAUGGCGCCCGUCGCUUCACAAGGUUCACAAACUGUCAGUGUAAUGCUUGGUCCACGUGUAUCAGCUUCUGUGAUCCCGCCGUUCAGUUGCAGUGCCUCGCCCCCGUGCAGCUACAAAGAACAGUUCCAGACCUCUUGUUUGAAGGAUCGCUACUCGCCCGAUGAUUAUUUAGCUGCAGUUACUUUGGCCAGUGGCUUUCAGCGCGAGAAUUAG